AUGUCGUCGGCGGUGCGCCCCUACUGGCCACCAAAAACGAAGAAUUUCAAAGGAUUCGUAAGCGAAUGUCAAGGGACGCCCGAAAAUUGUGCCCAAAUCGACAAGCGGAAGAGCUGGUUAAUCGAUAUGGAGAAGAAGUCUUCAGUGGACUCAGUGGAAACCAAAAGUAUGAUAAUCGCGCUUUUUCAAAUAGUGGAAACUUAG